AUGACGGCAUACAACGCUUCAUGCUCCUGCUACACCCCUCGCUCGAACGACGAACCCCUUUUGUACGGGAACCACCCGUCGGUGUGCGCCAAGUGCGGAGGGCCUGUGGCCAACUCUAGGAAGCAGGAUUCUAACAUUUGUGGACCCUACGCUGAGGCGAAGAAGCUCGCGCAGGAGGCGGCGCAGCAGAAGAAGUAG